AUGUCUCGAGCACAUACCUACGGGCCUACUUGCCAUCUAGCCCCGGCAACUAACGAUGUGCUAAGCGGCGGCGACGAUGUCCCACCUCUGAGAUCAUAUUUCUUCUAUUCAUCCCCUCUUCCUAUCGAUGACCCUCUGUCUGCCGUCCCUGUCCCGACUGGCGAAGUCACAAAACACCCCCCUCGGCCAUUCUCUGCCCGCGACAACAAUGCUCUCGAAGAAGCUUGGUUGGGACUCUCGGCUGGAAAGAGCAGGACGGACAAGAGGUAUUAUAAGAAGGGGAGAAGUGCAUCUCCCAGUAGGGAAACCAAGUCUGGUGUUCAUGGCUCCUCAUUCGAUGGUGCUUUUGCGAAUCCGCCAUGCCCAGGUGAUCUUGAGGCUGGGCUAGAUGAUGCUUCGGAAGUUGAACAGGCACAGAGAGAUGCUGCUAGAGAAAGUUAUGCGAAGUUUCAAGCAAAGUCUAAGCCAGAAAUGUCCGGAAGUCUUCCCGCAGCAGGGCUCAGAAUGGCCAAAUCCAAGUUACCUGGAACGAGCAAGGAAUUUGAAAACGAAAUACGAGAGACUGAUGGCCUUUCUAGCAGUCUUCCUACACUGAGUGGAGGAACCGGAACAACUGGGCUACCUUUCCUGAAGUUCUCAUCGCCCACGGUAAAAGAUGCGGGCUCUUCCAUGCAAGAGCAGAAUUUUAGUGGAAUUUCUAGCAGCCGCCCAGAAAACCUUCAGGAAUAUAAUGACCAAGAACCUGUCGAAGUAGAGGAUGUUGAAGUCUAUGGAUGCAAGUCACACCAAAUUAAAGACCAAACGGAUGUCGCUGUGGGCAUUUCCAGGCUCCAUCUUGUCAAGUUGCCGGCUUUGCAGAUGCAUCCCAUCUACUGGUCACCGGUUCAUGACAUUGCAGCAGUCAUAAGAGGCACUUGGUUUUACAAGGAAACCAUGUGCCCAGUGGACCCUGUGGUGGCAAAUCAACUUGAGACGGGAUACCGAGAGCUUAGACCUUGGUCACAAACUUGGAUGGAUGAAAUUAACAGUGCGGUUGAAGUUGGUGCUGCUGGUGAGGAGAAGAUUGCGCAUACCUUAUGGGCAGCAGAGAUGCCGAAGAAAGGGAAGUCCCAUAAUAUCAAGGAACAUCCUCUUUCAGCGGACCCCUACUGUGCUGCACGCUGCUUCCACGGAGAAGCUUCUGCCGAAGGAACUACAGAUCCCGAUGAUCUUGGUGCGUCUCUGACAGAGCCGAGGACUGUUGUCAAGAGAUAUCCCAAUUCUCAAGUGAUUUACCAAGAUAGCCAGAAUGCCUUCAUUCUGAAGCCUACACUGCAGCCGUCAGCAUACUAUGGUCGGAAGCCGCUGCAAAAGAUCAAACGAGGCAUGAGGGUUGGAAUCCAUGUUGUAAGAGGCUUCGACUGGAAACUCUGGGAAAAGCUUCAUCCUUCUAAGAAGACGAGUACCGCAAGGAGAGCAGAGGAGCAUGCCCCUGUUGCUGGUGAUGCAGGUGCCAACAAAGGCAGUUCUUGCCCAGCGUGCAGAGCGCAAGACGAACCCCAAAAAGUCACAGAUCUCAUUCUUGUUAUUCAUGGAAUUGGGCAAAAGCUGUCAGAGCGUGUGGAAAGCUUUCAUUUCACGCAUGCCAUAAAUGCAUUCCGUCGAUCAGUGAAUGUCGAGUCUAGCGAUGAGGGUGUCCGCCGGACUUUCCGCAAGGACCUCGGAGGUGUCAUGGUGUUGCCUGUCAAUUGGCGAUCGAAUCUCUCGUUCGAAGAUGGUGGUCCCAUGAAGGAGAGCGAUCAAGAUCAAAACUCCGAUUUCUCUCUAAAGGACAUUACACCCAACACUAUCCCAGCUGUCCGCAACAUGAUUUCGGAUGUCAUGCUUGAUAUCCCAUUCUACAUGUCGCACCAUAAGCCGAAAAUGAUUCAGGCUCUCAUCUCUGAAGCAAAUCGGGUCUACAGGCUUUGGUGCAAGAAUAAUCCCGAAUUUCACACAAAUGGGCGAGUGCACAUCAUUGCUCACUCGCUGGGCAGUGUCAUGGCCCUAGAAGUAUUGAGCAAGCAGCCUACUUGUGUGCCAGAAGUCGACCUACUCAGCAGGAACAUCAAUAUCAAGCAUUUUGACUUCUCGACCACAAACUUAUUCUUCGUCGGUUCCCCUUCAGGAUUUUUCCUGCUUCUCGACAAGGGGCGCUUGAUACCCCGCAGGUCGCAGGGUAAACCAGGGGCUGAGCUCGCCGACGAGAUGGACAAGAAGGUUACUGGUGAGCAGGGAACUCUGGGCUGUCUAGCCGUAGACAAUAUCUACAACGUUAUGCACUACAAUGACCCUAUUGCGUAUCGACUUAACGCCACCAUCGAUCCCCAAUUCUCUGCAAGCUUGAAGAACGCCCAAGUCCCGAGCGCAACGACAGGAUUCUUCGCAAGCAUCGGCAAUGCCGUGCGUUCAGUCACACCUGGCGUUGCAGGCCCUUGCGAUCUGGCCGUAGGACAGGUGGCGAACCCUCCAUGCCUACCACGUAUGCCUUCACAGCUGGAGAUGGAAGUCCACGAUUUUACGCGGGAAGAGAUCGCAGAGAAGAAAUUCUUCCUGCUGAAUGACUGCGGACAGGUGGACUGGUUCUUGAGUUCCGGAGGCGGCCCGCUCGAGAUUCAGUAUCUGAACAUGCUGGGCGCGCACUCGAGUUAUUGGGGGAGUCCUGAUUUCAUCAGAAUGGUGGUUAUUGAGGUGUCUCGGGAGCCCGGGAAGAAUCACGUUCUGCCGAAUAUGAAGGCUGUCAAAGUUGGGCAUAAGCAAAGGAAGGCAUAG